AUGGCGCUUCUCCUCGCUUCUCUCCAGGCCCAGCUCGGCCUGCGUUCGCUGGCACAGCAAUCAUAUGGCCGGCUCCGCCUCGCGUCUCGCGUGUUGCCAAUCCACAGACCGUCUCGAGACCCCGGUGACGACAUCCAUCUCCCAUCGGCAGGCCCUGCCAGCGAGGCCCUCGCGGACACUGUUUCGUGUUCACGCUCGCAGCCAACGACGACGGCGCCGGAUCUCGACGCCUCGGAACACGCGCCAACGUUGGGCCGCGCGCCGAACGGCAUCCCCGAUGCUAAUGCCUGA